CAGUUUCUGAGUUGAAGUGUUUAGGAUGUCUCUGAAACGUGAGGAAAUUCUGUUGCUAUUCGACGUGGAUGGUACGCUAACAAAGCCCCGGGCUGUGAUCGAAAAUGAUUUUAAGGAAUUUCUAUACAAGGAAGUUCAACCUCGCGCUACAAUUGGCCUGGUCGGAGGGUCCGAUUUAGAAAAAAUGUUCGAGCAGCUGAGCGGGCGUGAAAUCCUGGAAAAAUUCGACUACAUUUUUCCAGAAAACGGAUUGGUUCAGUACGAGAAGGGAGUUGAAUUGGGAAAGGUUUCCAUCAGUCAGCAUUUGGGCGAAGAUGUGAUAAAACGGUUCAUAAAUUUUGUUCUGAAAUACAUAGCAGAACUAGACAUUCCAAUCAAACGAGGCACAUUCAUUGAAUUCCGGAACGGAAUGUUAAAUGUCAGUCCUAUAGGAAGAAAUUGUUCGGCGGAAGAACGGAAAGAGUUUCACGAAUAUGACAACAAAAAUCACAUCAGAAAGCAGCUGAUUGAUGUGCUGAAAAAGGAGUUCCAAGAUGUCGACCUAACCUACAGCAUUGGUGGCCAGAUCAGUAUCGAUGUCUUUCCGCACGGAUGGGAUAAGACUUAUUGCCUGCGACACGCGACCAAAGGAACCAAUUUUAGGGAAAUUCAUUUCUUCGGAGACAAAACUGAUCCCGGUGGAAAUGAUCAUGAAAUCUUCUCGGAUGCAAGAACAAUCGGACAUAAAGUUACCUCCCCAGAAGAUACCAAACGUCAGUUAAUAGAACUGCUCAAAAUCUAGCUUUGAGUAGUUAAAUCUUGCAUUUUAUUGUGUAUAUAAAAACUGGUACCAUAAACAAUUUCAAUUCGAGGCUAUUCCUUGGGAAGCCCAGAUAAAUGCACUUUCA